AUGAAAGGCAAAGGAAAAUCGACAGACGCACCGAAAGGGGGAAGAACUACCAAAAGGGCCAAAGCGGAGAAACACAACGAAACCGCGAAAGGAAAAGCACAAGGCAAUAAAAAAAGAAAACAAGGAAAGUCACGGAACGGAAAGGAACCCUCCAGCGACAAAAGCGACAAAAGCGACAAAAGUGACGAAAGCGACGUUUACUUUUACAACGACCUACAGAGAUGGAAAAAUAAUGUGAAAGUACCAAUAUGGCUAAAGAAGCCAAAGGACAAAGAAUCUAUAAACGAAUUUUACAAAAAUGUGAUAAAAAAAUUGUUACGAGUAAAAAACAAAAUAAGAGCAUACCAGAUAGAAGAAGCAUACCUUAUAGAUUGUCUCCGAAAAUGUUUGAUGGACUUAAAUUUAAAUUCGAUCAGUUCCCUCGAUUAUGUGAAUUACGAAAUGGUUAGGAGACUAAGUGCAGGUGAUUGCAGCGCUUUUUUCAAAAAUGAUGAAAAGGACCAACAAAAGGGUAAAUGUUUUAAGCCCACAAAAGAGCAAGGUGACCAAAGGGAUAAUCAGAAAGACAUUGUACAUGAACCCAUCCUCAAGGAUGACAAGCAUGCAGAUCAGACUACUCACAUUCGUGUAGACUGCGCAACAGACAAAGUAAGCCCUCUACCUGCAGAACACAUAAACUGCUUGAUAGAAAGCUUGAAGAACGUCCUGUCGGUGGAGCAAAAAGAAAAGAAGAAAGACCUAAUGAGACACGUUUUUAACAAGGUAAUUAUUCCGGGGUCAUUUUUCGAAAAUAAUAAUUUCUGCCCCAUUUUUAUGAACCUGCUGAAGCUCGACAUAUACAAUGCUUGCUGCUUGAGCGGCAAAGAGAUAGGUCCCAAGUUGAUGAGUCUGAUUCAACUUUUGAAUAACUUUGAUGAGGGGGGGGCGAAGCAGGAAGGCGUUCCCAGCGCGGGGGCGAAGCAGGAAGGUGUUCCCAGCGCAGGGGAGAAGCAGAAAGGCGUUCCCAGCGCGAGCAGUGCUGGCAUCCAAAAGGGGGAUUCCCAACAGGGGGAUGCCCAACAGGGGGGUGCCCAACAGGGGGAUGAUCCCCAACGGGUUGGCAACCACCACAACGAACCGGAGGACAACUCCUACAGGGAAGAUCGCCUCUUUUUCCAAAGCCAAACGUCCCUAUUCAAGCUAUCGCAGUACUGUAUAGAAAAGGGCGUCGUGGAGAACCACCAGGUGGCUUCCUUUGACACCAUCUACAUUUACAGCGGGAAGGAACCCCAGAGUGGCCCCAAGCAAUCGCUUAGCGGCUCCAACCAAUCGCUUAGCGGCCCCAACCAAUCGCACAGCUGCUCCAACCAAUCGCACAGUAGCAGCAACCAAUCGCUAAGCGGCUCCAACAAAUCCCAAUGUGACAGCCACAAGUACAAACAUAAAAAGAAGAAAUUACUCCCCCAUGGAAAUUUAAAAUAUUCUCUCGACAUCACAAAAAAAGAAAACGAAUCUUUGCAUUUCAUUAAUGAGAAAAGAGCUAUCCUGGAAAAUGAUUCUACUCGGAGGAGCAUGACUCACCGUGGCGAUUCGUAUGAGGAGGAACUGAAACACACCCAUGUGGAAAGACAGUAUGCGAAAGAUGGUGCACCUGUUAAGGAAGGGAACGAGGAUGAAGCAGUUCUGUCCAACGAUAGUGUCACUUCUGUGAAGGCAAAGGAAAGUCCCUGUGGGAGAGAAGUGCUAGAAAUUUUAAGCCAUUCUGAUGAGAAGGAGGAACUGCAAGAUGGGGAAAUCGCUCCUGUAGAGAAAGAGGCCAUUUCUGUAGAGGGGAGUAUAAAUGAAACAGAGCAAUCGUUUGAGAGCGCGGUGAGUAGUGUGAAAGGGACAAGCAAAUUCGAUUACGGAGGGAGCCACCCAAAGUGUUACAUAGCAGAAGAAGGAUCUAAAGAAGACCCGCUCGAUUAUUUACAAAACGAUUGGUUUGAAUUCGACGAGGGAGGAAACGUAGCAGGACGGGGGGAAUUAGACGAAGAGUUCCUGCAUGGAGGUGAUACCAACGGGUGUGAGGCGCCACGCAGGGCAGCUCCACACAAGGAAGCUCCACGCAAGGAAGCUCCACACAAGGCAGCUCCACACAAGGAAGCUCCACACAAGGCGGCUCCACCCACAGGAACAGAACGGUGUAGGCUGUAUAAAGAGAACGAACCCAAAGGGGAUGACCAAAUCGAUGAAUUACCUCUACAGGUAGCUCAGUCAGGCAGCCACAACACUGAACGUAAUACAAAGCUACGUAAGAGGAAGCAGUCCCAGAGUGACCACAGCAGCUUAGACGAAACUCAGUCCGUCCAAUUCGACACCUUUGAGCUUUUUAUGGAUAAUGGAAAAAUUAAAAAAAAGAAAAAAAUGGACAACAUUAACGAAUUUGAGGAUGUCCCCAUCGAGGUGAGAAAUUCUUCUGGGAAGUGGCACGACAGUAGAUGCAGCGAUUUUACGGGGGCACACGUGAGGGUCCAAUUAGAGGGUAGCGAGAUGGGGUGCGGUAGAGACAUAGAUGGGGAGAGGUUUGCUAACAGGGAGAGCAGUCCCCUAGAUGGGGAUGGCCCCCUCAACAGGAACGAUCACGUAACAUCUUCCAUAGAAAAGAACCCGUCUAGUGCCCGUCCCUCGAGUGGACACUCCCAAGUGUGUCAAGGCAGCGACACGUCCGUUAUCGUAGAAAUGAUUCACUACGAUAGGAAAAAGGAUUCCGAUUCAGGUGGAAGGGGAGUUAAUCCGAAGGAGAAGUUUUUCCCCCCCAGCACAACAAGGCCCAAGUGCAGUGCAGCUGUUUUGUCGGAUGAGUGCAGUGCAGCCGUUUUGUCUGAUGAGAGCAGUGCAGCUAUUUUAUCUGAUAAGCCCAGUGCAGCCGUUUUGUCUGAUUUUUCUGGAGAGAAAGAAGGACAUCCUGACGAAGAGGAAAAGGAGAAGAACCUCAGAUCGGUCAUAGACCGCUUUUGUGAUGAUGCCAAUGUAAGUUGCGUUAUCGAUAUGCAUGACUUUUUGAAAGGAGAUGAUGUGGAAUGUCUCCCCCCCAAGGUGACUUCCCAUUCGGAGGUCAUCGUUUUGGAGGACGACGGUGAGGAGGGGAAUGAAGAUAAUGGCGGGGGGAGAAGCGCCAGGGGCAGUCACGAUAGGGGUAUCCACGACAGGGGUAGCCACAACAGGGGUAUCCACGACAGGGGUAGCCACAACAGGGGUAUCCACAACAGGGACAGCCACAACAGGGACAGCCACAACAGUGCGGGCAACUGCGAAGGCACCCCACAGACGGAGAAAUGCACACCCUGGGGGAAUCCCCCGCGAAGGGAUGAAUCAGACGCGAGCAUCUCGGAAGAGCCAUCCAAGACAAGGGAAACACGAAGUAGGAAUGAAAUUUCCAUCCUCAACGUGGACAUUAACAAAAUGAAUAAUGUAGUUCUGGAGGGACUUAUGGAAUUUUUUGGACUGAAAAGCAAGAGACUAUCGAGAAAAAUCCAAAUCACGGAAUUGACUAAAAUACAGAGCUACCUAAAUGAACAGUAUGAAGAGAUGGCGAGAGAAUACCACCCCCCGAUUGUCAUGCAAAAGGAUCAUCCCAAGUUGAGGAAAGGUAAAGCUAUUGAAAGGGAUUAUCAAACGGAGAGUGACACUUAUCAUGACAAGGGAGAGGGGGAGAAGGGGAGAAUGUGGACUAACGGGUGCAGUGCUGGUAAUUCCACUCAGAAGAAUUCCCACCAGGGGAGUCCCGCCCCCCUGAAUGAUGAGCAAGCCAAAUCGCAAGAGGAUUACCUAAACCGUAUGAAAAAAAAAAUAAAGCAGAUGGAAUUAAAAUCGCUGUUUGAAAGAAUUGAUGAGGCCAUUGGUGUCAAUGAGGUCCUUCACGAUCACAUCAAAAGGGACAAACAAAUCGAGUACUCCCUGUUGAAAAGGUAUCUAGUGGACUGCAAGCUCAGCGUCAACCGAGAAAUUGUAAUGUCCUACUGUAAGGACAAGGGCAUCCAAGUUGUGCUGAAGAAGAAGGCAAAGGUGUGA